AUGUCUGAACCCAAGCCCAACUCGUCUGAAUCUGAGCCUGUGCUCCAUUCCGCCAAUCUUCCCCCUUUCUAUAUCCAGCCUGCAAGAAGAAUCGAAAGCCUGAAACGUUGUCUCGAAACCGAACUGGGCCAGAUACAACGCGUGAACAUAGAAGCUCUCAUCAAGAUGUAUGAGAGUGGUGAAACUUGA